AUGGAUCAGCGGCCAACUAAUCAACGUGAUUCCAGUAGAAGCCAGAGGACUGCAGUCCUCUCCGUAAUCAAUGCGUGCGAUUUAGUAAUGUCGUUUGCCCAAGAGUUGACAAUCAAGGUCACAUACUUAGAAGCAGCAGCAGCUGUAGAACGGAUAGAAAGGAAAGAUGAGCUGAAGCCGAUUCGGCAGUCACCUCAUGAACUACCAGUGCCUGUUGCUGACUGUCAUCAACAUCGAAAAUGA